AUGGUGGUAUCAUUGAUACAAUAUUUCGAAAAUGAACGUGAUAACGAUGGCCCAUUACUUCUUCUGACUGCUGUGAGAGAUAGAGUAGCUGCUGCAUUAAAAAUAAGUAUCACUACUGUAUGGAUAAUAUCUGCCAAACAGGAACAUGGUAAUGAUUUGGCUGGCCCCAAAAAGAACAGAGAAAGAGAAACACCCAUUUUAGACCUUAAUGAUGGGCUAAAAUAUUCUUUAACUAGAAACAAGCCACCCCCUGUUUAUAUGGCAGAAACUCUUGCAGAACACUAUGGUCAGGUACUGAGACUUCCACCAUACCACUGUAUUUUCAAGCCAAUUGAAAUGAUAUGGGAGAUCACCAACACGUAUUAUAGAGAUCAUGUUGGCCAGCAUGGGAGUUCUGUGGUAACAUCUCUGGAUAUGUGGAAAGAGUCUCUGAGGCAUACUCCAGAAAUAUGGGCCAACAGUGUUCGCCAUACUGAACAAAUAAUUCAAAGUUGGUGGGAGAGAGAAAAUAUUUUAGAUUCACAAGAUAUUCCACAAGUUAUUAUAAAUGUAGGAGAGGAUGAUUCUGAUGAUAGAAACCGAUCCAAACCCAUCGAAGAGGUCAUCCACAUCACGGAUUCCAAUAAUUUACGACCGAGACGAGAAACAAAACCAUCGACUUUCGCCGCGGCGCUCACUGCUGACCUUAUUUACGGCCCCUCUAGUUUGAACCCGAACUGA